AUGAGUUUGAUCAGUUGGAAUUGUCGGGGCUUAGGUAGCCCUAACGCAAUUCCGGACUUGAAAUACCUGGUUCGGCACUUCAAUCAGGACCUACUAUUUUUAAGUGAGACACUAGUCCCCACCGUAAUAAAAGAAUUACAUUAUUUGCUUGGUUUUGAUUGUUGUAUUUCUGUUGACCGCACCGGCAGCGGUGGGGGUCUUGCUUUAUUCUGGCGCACUUCUUUAAAUGGUCAACUUGUCGAUUACUCAAAUAAUCAUAUCACUAUUGAAAUUGUUGACUCUGUUCUUGGUACAUGGAGACUUACCGGCUACUACGGUUAUCCCAAAGGGGGUCGCAGAAUUACCGCGUGGGAUUUUCUCCGUCAAUUAUCUGUUCAAUUUACAGGGCCCUUGUGUAUAUUUGGUGAUUUCAAUGACAUUUUGGAUGAUAGUGAAAAAAGAGGCCGCAAUACUAGACCUCGUUGGUUGACUAAUGGCUUCCGGCAAGCUGUCCUUGACUCGGGUUUGUCAGAUGUUCAGGUUGAAGGCUACCCGUUCACGUGGUUUAAAAGUCUUGGUACACCGCGUGCAGUGGAAGAAAGGUUAGAUCGUGCUCUUGCUAAUAAUUCUUGGUUGAAUUUAUUUUCGGGAGCUACUAUAGAAACUCUUGUGGCACCUGCUUCUGAUCAUUAUCCCAUCCUCCUCAACCGUAGCCCUAUGUCUCGGCCUCAUCUUAAUAAACGUCAUUUUCGUUAUGAAAAUGCAUGGCACUUAGAACCGGGGUUUAAGGAGUUGGUUACUGACUCUUGGCAGAUGUUUGAAUUACGCAAGAGAAUGCAGCGCUUACUAUCUCAGGAUGAUGCCUAUUGGCGUCAACGCGCCAAGACUCAUUGGUAUCGUGAUGGAGACCGCAACACAAAUUUUUUUCAUGCAUCAACCACUGCUAGGAAGAAGGUUAAUCAUAUUAUUUCUCUUGAUGAUGACGCUGGAAAUAAAAUUUCGGAUGAACAAGGCUUGCGCGAUGUAGCAAAAAAUUAUUUCGUUAAUAUUUUUCAAAAUCAUGGCAGCGCUUCCUCUCCAGUUAUUGAUGUUAUUAACCAAUCUAUUUUUGCUCCUGAUAAUGAGAGGCUUAUGGCUCCUUUCACAAAAGCUGAAUUUCGUGAAGCUAUGUUUUCAAUGCAUCCGGAUAAAUGUCCAGGUAUUGAUGGUUUCAAUCCCGGCUUCUAUCAACAAUUUUGGAAUUUCUGUAGUGAUGAAAUUUGUAAAGAGUGUUGUGCUUGGCUUGAUACGGGACAAUUUCCUUCCGAUUUGAAUAUGACGAAUAUUGCUCUUAUUCCUAAAGGGAAUUCGCAACAUAGCAUGAAGGAUUGGCGUCUGAUAGCUCUCUGCAAUGUUCUUUACAAGCUCAUUUCUAAAGUCUUAGCUAACAGGUUGAAAGUGGUCCUCUCUCAAUGCAUUUCUGACAACCAUUCUGCUUUUGUUCUGGGUAGGUCCAUUCUGGAUAAGGCUAUGGUAGCGAUCGAGGUUGUUCACUUUAUGAAGACUAAGACGAGGGGCAAUGACAGUUAUGUUGCUUUGAAACUUGAUAUUAGUAAGGCAUAUGACCGUAUGGACUGGGAUUAUAUGUGA